UGUUGACGAAGAUUAAUGACCACAAUAUUGUAUGUGUGAAAUCUGGUGGAGAGUUCAACAUCGCCAUGGAUACAGAGAACACGGUGUGGGUCUGGGGAAAGAACGACACUGGACAGCUUGGUUACCAUGUCAUUGAACUGUCUAGCCAGGCUCCGACAGACACGGGUCCCGGCAGACGCUCAACUCCCAGCAGUACUGACUUCCUCAAUCCCACAGUCCUCAAAGGACUUCCUGCUCAGGAUCCAACUGUUAUGUCACCAUGGCAACAGUCGUUCCUGGCAUCCUCAGAGAGAGUGGAGAUUCAGAAUAUUGGGUGACAGAUGGGGCAGUGGAGGACCACCAUCUUGCCAUGAUCCCCAGUCUAGAGAAGGUCAGCAAGGUCAAAUACUCUCGCAAGGUCAUCCCAGUAGUGCUCAAGUUCCUGCCUCACCUGUGUCAGAUCACCACAGCCUUGAUACAGUGUGUUGAUGCUGGGGAUUGGCUGACCGCUGCCGACCUACACCUCCUGUCCACCUGUCACAGUCAGGCGUUGUUGUGUCAGCUGCAGGUGUUGUCAGACAGGAAGCAGUUCAUGUCGGCAGAGAGUUUCCGUCACUUCAGCAUCCAAGUGAUCCAGCAUCACAUCAGAUGCACAGUGAAUGGUGACGACACCCAGUCCGAGUUGCAGGAGGAGCUGAAUGUGAUUGUUGUUGAGGUUCUGGAUUACUGGGAGAAGCAUGACCUGUUGGUGGUUGACCUUGAAGCCAUCUUCCUCCACCAGCUCACACAGCUGGCUCCCGCACUCAGUCUCCUGCUGUUCAGGUGCCUGGAUAAGAGUGAAGAACCUCCUACCACACUGCUAGGACCUUCGUGCAAGUUCCUGGAGAAGUUCUCCACAGACUUCUGCCUGAAACUGCUGCACUCCGUGUUGACCAGCUCGUCCAGGAACCCCAACACGCUGCCCAAACAGUGGAUGUCUCUGCUCCAGCAACACACUUCAGAUGAUGCUGGGACAGGAGACUCCAGCACGGACACAGUCAACGUCAAGCCUGAGCUGACAGAGAGGAAGGUUGAGAUCCAGCCUUGUGAUAAACUGAUACCGUACGAUCGUCUGUGGCAGGACAUUGUACAGAACCUACAGAAACAUGCAGACUCCCGUAGUUACAUAUCCCUCACCAGGAAUGAGAUGGACCAUCUCGAGGUGCAGCUGGAGGACCAGACGAACAGACAGAACGAUGGGAAGGACACACAGACAGACACCACCCAGCCCAUCGACCCUGACUGUGCCAUAUUGUUCACAUGUGGCCAUCACUUCACCAGGAAAACAUUCACAGAAGAGGUGCUUGUCAGCUUCGACCGUGAGCUGACCGAGGGACCUAACAAACUCCCAUACAGUGCGUCAGUGCUGAAACAGUAUUACAGCAGGCAGGGGUUACUUCCCCUUGCUUGUCCCAAAUGUGUGCUGAAUGCCUUGAUGACAAUUUGAUGAGACAAUCAAAUUUGAAACGUGAUGUGUCAGCAGUUGUGUGUUCAAACAUUUUGAGAGUGAGUCUGGAAUGACUGAGUUUUGCAGGGUAAUUUAUAUUUCAUCUUUAUCAAACCCAAAUAUUGUAAUCAGCAUGAGAACUGACCCAGAGAUGAUGAUGUACAAGAAAAAACAGCGCCGAAAUACAAAUAUUCCCCAGAUCCAUUCACUGCCAUAGACCACCAGACUGAUGUCCUGCAGGUGUGGCUAAUGUGUCUCCCAGUACAAGACUGUUUUCAUCACAUCAGUUAGUGUACUUUUAGACCAGACCAAUUGCAUUUCUUGCUUUUCGGAUCCACCGGCCGUAUUUUUUCAAGAAUAAGAAAAAAAAUAACAAUUAAUUAUCCCUGCUCAAAAACUAAAAUCCUCAUGUUUUUAUUGGCCAAAAAUGUAAACUUAAAAAUAAAAAUUGGGGUUUUUUUUGCCCCCAUACAAACUUCAUAAAUUGGCCAAAAUAAAAUACUUUUAGUAUUCAAAAGGAAAACUAUUUUGACUAGUGAUUAUUAUUUUUUUUUUAAUUUUCUCUUCUGUCUUUAGGUUUUCUGAGGACAAAAAUCCGUAAAACAAGAAAUAAAAUGGUUCUGGCCUUAUCUAAGAGAUUCCAUUCAGCUCCACACUAUAAAUCUAUCACAUUCUCCAUGAUAUGGGUCUCACUCGCUUAAAAUUGACAAACGAAAACAAGUUAAAUUUGUUUUCCAGAUCAUGUACUAUUGAACAUUCCUAUUUCAAGGUUGAUGAAACUAUACCUUUUGUCAUUUUUAAAAUAAUUGCUUCUGGGCAACAGUAUACUGUACCUAUGCACUGUUUUCUGUGAAACAUAUCUGUAAGAAGCACAAAAGCAACUGUCUUGGUAAUUUACAAGCUACAAAAGGGGGCACUUUUAAACAUUACCAACAGGGUAAUCCUUUGGGUUGUCAGAAGGUGUUAUUUCAACAAGGUACUUUAUGUCUCAGAUACAAUAUAUUAAUGCAGUUAUACUUAUAAAGUGUAUGUCCACACCCAUAGAGGCAGCCAUAGAACAAAGGGGGAGUCACCAGGACUUAGUUACGUAUUUCGUUGUGUAUAUCUACUUUUCUGCUCUCGGUUUAAGGUUGUGUUUAAUUUAUAUUUUGCAUGGUCUCUUAAUGAUUUGUCAACUCUUAUUUUUUAUUUAAAACAAAAGUGAAGAAAAUCAGGCCGUUUUUUAAAGUGUGCAUGGAUUAUUCUGAAACAGGAACCACUUUGACAGAGUUAGAUUUGGUUCACAACUGAUGCCAGAUUGUAUUGACUGAUAGUCUUGUGUGAAACUAGUCAUGAAUUCCUGGCAGUGCCUAUUGAUGCCCAAUUGCAUGCAUUAACUGGUUGAAAGCGUUCUCACUGAUCUCCAACUGGAUGAAGAUCCAUGGUCCUCAUGGAAGAGAGUGUUGUCACUUAUUUCAAACUGGAUGGAGAUGGUCCUACUGGAUGGAGACCCAUGAUCUUGAUGGUGAGAUGUCCUACUGGAUGAGACCCAUGGUCCUGAUGGUGAGAUGUCCUACUGGAUGGAGAUCCAUGAGAUGUCCUACUUUUUGAGAUCUAUGAGAUGUCCUACUGGAUGGAGACCCAUGGUCUUGAUGGUGAGAUGUCCUACUGCAUGGAGAUCCAUGGCCCUGAUUGGAGAUGUCCAACUGGAUGGAGAUCCUUGCUCCUGGUGGUAUAAACUGGGCAAUAGGUGUUUGCAUAUAUGCAUUUUAUUUAAGCUUUGUGUGUCAUAUUUGAGAAUAUGUGGUAUUUAUUUAUACCUAAGUGAAAGGUGUCAAAAUUUGUUACAAUUGUUGAAUAAAAAAUUUGAAAUGAU